CUCACCGUUUGCCACUUAGCGCCUCCAAUUCCCUUCCCUCAUCCUCCUUUCCCUCUCCUUUCGAAUUCGGUUCACUGUUCGAUCCGAUUCGUUCCUUCCAAAUUCCAGAAUCAUCAAUAGUUUGAUGUCAUGAAGGAACUAACCGGAUCGUAUGUUUCGGCAUUGGAAGAUCGUCUCUGAAUCUUUCUUUUCCGUUCAUCUGUAUAAGCGAUGGGACUGUCGUCCGAUAACAUCCAUGGCCUCGUCCUCGCCGUCUCUUCGAGUAUCUUUAUCGGUACUAGUUUUAUUAUCAAGAAGAAAGGUCUUAUGAAAGCUGGUGCUACUGGAACCAGAGCAGGUUCUGGAGGAUAUUCGUACUUGUAUGAACCUAUGUGGUGGAUUGGGAUGAUAAGUAUGAUUGUUGGAGAGGUUGCUAACUUCGCUGCUUAUGCAUAUGCUCCUGCUAUUCUUGUAACUCCUUUGGGAGCUCUAAGUAUAAUUUUCAGUGCAGUAUUAGCUCAUUUCAUUUUGGAGGAGAAGUUACAUAUCUUUGGCAUACUCGGGUGUGUUCUCUGUAUAGUGGGAUCUACAACUAUUGUUUUGCAUGCUCCUCAGGAGAGAAAUAUUGAAUCUGUCAAGGAAGUCUGGCUGCUCGCUACAGAGCCAGGUUUUCUGGUAUACUUCUGCAUAGUUUUGAUUCUAGUUGCAGUUCUCAUUGUCCGAUAUGUGCCAAAAUAUGGACAGACCCACAUGGUUGUUUAUGUUGGAAUUUGUUCUCUCAUGGGUUCUCUUACGGUUAUGAGCGUCAAAGCAGUAGGAAUUGCACUUAAGCUGACAUUUUCAGGAAUGAAUCAGUUUAAGUACUUUGAGACGUGGUUUUUUACAGUUAUUGUGGUAGGAGGUAGCAUUUUGCAGGUGAACUACUUAAAUAAGGCUCUGGACACCUUUAACACUGCUGUAGUUUCUCCAGUUUACUAUGUGAUGUUCACAUCGCUCACCAUCCUCGCCAGUAUGAUUAUGUUUAAGGAUUGGGAUUCACAAAAUGCAUCACAAAUUGCAACCGAGUUAUGUGGUUUUGUUACCAUUCUUUCUGGAACUUUUCUCCUCCAUAAAACCAGGGACAUGGGGAGUUCUCCCGCCUCCGAGGGCCCGAUCGUUGUUCGGUCCCCAAAAUGCCCCAGUACAAACACAAAUUCCGACUAGCAGUAGAACAAAGAAAAAUUUAAAAAGCAGUAUCACAGGCCAGUCCUUUCCCAUCCAAAUCCAUCCCCAAAACACUUUGUUUAGAUAGGUCCUCUCAUCAUUCAGGAAUCAUGGCCCGGGGACAAAUUUUUGGAUGGAAGAUUCUUGUUAAGUUAUUGUAAGAGCAUACAAUCGAGAAUAGCAAGGUAGUGGAGUUCAAGGGAUUGGUUUUCAACUGUGAGGUACACAUUCUAAAUUCUAAAUCAAAAAGCGCACACACAUAUAUGUUACAGGUUGUGGUAAAACGAGGUACAUAAUAGACGUUAGAGGAUACAUUCAAGUUUCUGACAGAAAUUCUUACAACAGUAGGUUCGGGACUUCUUUUUCGAUAUCGUGUUCUCUAGUUUUGGUUUUUGAUGUGUCAACAAUUGUUAAUUUGUUUUUGGCAGAAAAAUUUGUUGAUAUAAAUGAACUAAUGUUUGAGAUGAGAUGUGUGGAGACACUGUCCUCCAAAGUCUUGGUUUCAAACCUUAAGAUUCAAAACUCAGGCCAUGUUUGGAUUCAAGCCUUAGCCUUGGGGAACUGAACAAUACUUUAGAAGUGAUAGAACUGAUUUCCAAAAUCACUUUCUACGUGAUUCCUAAUAACUAUUUGAAGAUUUGUUAUGGCUUUA